GCCGCAGACCAGGAAUUUGCAUUCUGGGGGGUCAGGGAGCGGGGGCUUGGAGAGUGGAGGAUGGCAGUGCAGGGGGCCAAAGGGGGGGUUGAAAUGGGCUGUCCCUCUCCUUCUUUCUCCCUCCCUCUUUCUCUCUCUUUUUCCCUCCCUCUGCAUGUGUUCAGCUGCUCCAGCUGUUGGUCUCUCCACUCACUCUCUCAGGGUCAUACAGGGAAGAGUUGACGGGACCUCUUCUGUCCGACAACUCUGCCGGGACGACCACAGCCAGCACCAGGACACACCGGUCAGAGGGAGCCCGAGAGCAAGACGACCCAACGAAAAAAGGAAUCAUCUAUACCACUUGUUGGCAGCCCUGUACAUCACAAAGUACCAUCUUCAAGGCACUGCUUCCUGUGUGUCCCACCUGAGAGCUGUGUGUAGAUCUCAGUGUGUGUGUGUGUGUGUGUGUGUGUAUGUGUGUAUGUGUGAGUGUAGUGUUUGUGUGCAUGUUGUACGUCUGUUCCUGUCCUUGUCUCUUUACCAGUUAAUGCAUUAGUAUGCAGGGUGUUUGUGUGUCCAGCUUGUGCGUGUUCAUAUGUACGUCAGUGCUCCUCAGCAGUUUCACUUCACAGGCGUCUACAGAAAGUGACACCUACACGGAAUGCACUGAUGGAUAUCACUGGGACUCGCAGACAGAGCAUUGCAAAGACAUAAACGAGUGUGAGACAAUUCCUGAUGCCUGCAAAGGUGAAAUGAAAUGUUUCAACCACUAUGGAGGGUACCUCUGCCUCCCUCGCUCUGCGUCCGUCAUCCCAGCCACAGAGCCUCCCAUUACACCCGCCGAGACUUUUAACCACUGCCCUCUGGGCUAUGAGCCACAGGGAGACAGCUGUGUGGAUGUCGACGAGUGUGAGCGAGAGGACCAUGACUGUCAGCCCAGUCAGCAGUGCAUCAACACACUGGGGGCCUUCACCUGUCAGUGUCCAGAUGGUUACCGCAAAGUCGGCACGGAGUGCAUCGACAUUGACGAGUGCAGGUACAGAUACUGCCAACAUCGCUGUGUCAACGUCCCUGGUUCUUUCUCUUGUCAAUGUGAACCCGGGUUCCAGAUAGCAGGAAACAACCGUUCUUGUGUUGAUGUGAAUGAAUGUGACAUGGGCGCCCCCUGUUCUCAGAGGUGUUACAACACCUACGGUACCUUCCUUUGUCGCUGUGACCAGGGUUAUGAACUGGGGCCUGAUGGCUUUGCCUGUAAUGACAUUGAUGAGUGCAGCUACUCCAACUAUUUGUGCCAGUACCAGUGUGUGAACGAACCAGGAAAGUUUUCCUGCGUCUGUCCUGAAGGUUACCAGCUGCUGGGAACCCGGCUGUGUCAGGAUAUAAACGAGUGUGAGACAGGUGAUCAUAAGUGUAGUGAGACACAGACCUGUGUGAACGUCCAUGGAAGCUACCAGUGUGUGGACACCAACCGCUGCAAAGAGCCAUACAUCAAGGUGUCUGAGAACCGCUGUGUGUGUCCUGUCAGCAAACCCGCCUGCAGAGAUUUACCUUUCUCCAUCGUCCAUCGCUACAUGACCAUCACCUCAGAACGAUCCGUUCCCUCGGACAUCUUCCAGAUUCAAGCCACGAGUGUGUCUCCGGGGGCUUACAACACCUUCCGCAUCCGCUCUGGGGAUGAUGACGGAGACUUUUACAUCAGGCAAAUCAACAAUAUCAGUGCCAUGCUGGUGUUGGCCCGUGCAGUGUCCGGCCCCAGAGAGUACACGUUGGACCUGGAGAUGGUGUCAGUGAACCCCCUGCUCAGCUACCACGGCAGUUCUGCCCUCAGACUCACCGUCUACGUUGGACCGUACUCUUUCUAAAGAGGGAGAAGAACAAAGAGAAGACUGGAAUAAAGAAAAAAAUGAGCUGAGGGGGAAACACAGAAGCAAAAAAGAUGCUGUAAAAAGAAGCUGUCUAUGCAGUUCAACCAGUCACUGUGAUGUUAAACUUUCACUUUUUAUAGUUAGUUGUGCAAAGAGAGACAGAGUGCUGUCAGACCACCAUAUUUCCUGUACGUACAGUAUACAGUGUGUGUGCAGCGGUUUUAUGUCACAGAUCAGUUUAAAAUCAUUGUUGCUCUAAUUGUACCCUUGUAAAGUUCAGUGUAGGAGUUUGUAUGAUUACAUGAUAAAAGGUAUUUUUCAACAGUACUCAAUGCAGCGUCACAGUGCCAUUAUAAUUGGAACGAUAAAAGGAUUCUUCUCCUCCACAUCUGCUCAGUGUAGUGACAAACUGCUGCUGUUUGCUGUCAGGUACAAUGAUUCAUGCCCGACGUCACCAGAAUAUUCUGUUUUCACCAGUUUUACAUUCUUAUCUCCAGUUUAAUUCUGUAAGCCACUUCAUCCCCGUCCAGCUUCGUUUCCCUUUUCCCACAGACACAAUUCAGUAACCACUCACGUCAGACCUCAGCCUCCUCCACACUCCACUGUUCACUUCUACGCCCCAGAUCUCCCUCUUCAGAUUUUCUGAUGUUGUACUUUGUAUUUUUUUUUAAUUUGAAGUCCAUUAAAACAAUAUACAUCUA